AUGGCCAACGACAACUAUACUGAAAAUACACCACUGAAAGCGUAUGAAGAACUCUUUUGCUCUGCUGAUUUAACUCAAGGGAUACACAGCCAACUGAUAUUUCUUUCAGGGCUGAACAUUCUCUUCUGUUUCACUGCUUUCUUUGGAAAUGCCGUGAUCUUAGUAGCUCUUCUCAAGGAAAAUUCCCUUCAUGCGCCGUCCAAAUUACUGCUGCGUUGCCUCGCUAUAACUGAUCUCUUCGUUGGCCUAAUCGUGGAGCCUCUUGAAGUCACUUUCUGGAUAUCUUUGGCACAUCAUGAACGAUCCAGCAUAUGCCGUUACGCGUUAGCUGUAGGUGCUAUUACUGGCUAUACUUUGUGUUUAGUGUCUUUGUUUACAUCGACUGCAAUAGCCGUGGAAAGGCUUCUCGCCCUUUCGCUGGGACUCAGAUACAGACAAGUUGUGACUUUCACAAGAACUCGUAUAAGCAUAACUGCUAUCUGGAUUGCGUCCAUUUUUGGUUCAACAGGGUAUCUCUGGAGUCAUCCUAUCUCCGAAUGGUACGGUUAUAUCGCUAUGGGACUGUGUCUAAUCGUCUCCAGUUUUUCCUACACAAAAAUUUUCAUUACUUUGCGCCACCGUCGGUAUCAAGUACACGCGCAACACAUUCCAGGAAACCCGUGUCAUUUGAAUCCGAUCAAUAUAGCUCGAUACAAAAAGGCUGUAUCAAGUGCGCUGUGGUUUCAGCUGACAUUAGUUGCCUGUUAUCUACCUUACAUAAUAACAGGCGCCUUCUUGACUGAAAGAGGAUUAACACCAUCUGGUUUCAUCGCCAAUGAAUUUGCUUUGACUUUACUUUACGCAAACUCGUCACUGAACCCAAUAUUUUAUUGCUGGAAGAUCAGAGAAGUUCGGCAAGCAGUUAAAGACACGAUAAGACAGCUUUUUUGCCAAUCGACCUUGAUUCUAACUUAAGUUAUACUGUGAAAGGUUUGAACCCAGGAGUCAUUUCAUAAGUAGGUUGAGUAUCAUCGUCUGGGUGAACAUAGUCCUGAAUAGGACUGUUGUUGACAUAGCCGCGUUGCAAACACUCUAAACCUUCUACACGCGAUACGUGGGCCGGCUGCCACGCAGGCUUUUGUUGACAGUGACUGACGUUUCGACAACCUGUGGGGUGGUCAAUUAAGUCGCUAUGUUAUUGGUCGUCUGCCAGUUAAGCCAUCAUACUCACUUUACUUAUUAAGUUAUACGCAGGGGCACCCAUCGGCAAUUUUCGGAAAAUAUCUGUUCGGAAGACGAUUUGAGAUCUAGAAUUUUCGGAACAUUUGUUGUAAAAUUUCUUGCUUGCCUGCCUCUCCUAGGAUUUUCGAACAUCUACAAAAUGGUAUAAUAACCCAUUUUUAACGGAUUUUUACCCUAAAAAAGGCCACCUAGAAUUUUCGGGAGCCUUUUCAUGGCUGAAAUUUUCGAAAAGGUAAGUUUUGAUCCCUAUAAUUUUCGGACCACUAGACUUUCAGCUAGGAAAUCUGAACAGAUGAAAAGUUUUUAGGGGAUAAAAAUAUGCCUAUAUCUACCGUUUAAAUACUAAUUACGUUCAACAAUGCUAUGUUAAAUGGUUUUGAACUAUAUUCCCGUUGGGUGCCCCUGUUAUACGGUUAUCAUUUUUUCGUUAUUGUUACAAUGUAUUUAUUCUUAAACAUUUCUACCUCGCAAUGCAACAAUGAGCAGCAAAGAAACUAGCCUAUCCACCCCCUUGUGAUUCUGGUGAAUAAAUCCCCCGCGAUUUUCUAUUAGAGAGCUUUAGGUCUCUGUUUUCAGAGCGCGCUCGACGAUCUCUUAAAAAAAUAGAGGGUCUGUGAACAGGCUACACAGAAACCUGUAGGUGGCCUUCAUUUUCAAGAUGGCGCGGUGUAGCUUAGCUCCGUUAGAGAAACCGCGCCGAAAUCACCGUUCUUAUGUGACAGCAAAAGUCCUAACUGAUAAGGUUUUCGUGCAGGGGCAAGAGUUAUCCGUCAGAGUGGAGACAUAAAGCCCUAUUUCCUAUCAAAUCUACAAAAAGUGAAAUAUAACUAUUAUCGCUUGAACUAGAGCUUUCCCCAUCUUUCCUCGGGAAAAAUCUGCCUCAAUAUCUCUAUAAAACCCAGCCCUUUCUAUCGUAUGAAUCUCGCUCUUCUUCUAAAGAGCACAAACACACAAUGACUUUUUUCAAUUUAGCCUGAAAGUUACCUGUAGCCACCCAGAAGUUCUUAAAGCUUUUUUUCACACUAUAGAGCGGUUUUCAUUAGAGUAUCGUAAAACCAAAACCAAAGUAAUUACUGUAGCCAAUCACAAAGGACACAGACAAAACAGUGAACCAAUUAAAACUCGAAGUAAUUACAUGUAGCUGACGCAAAGCGCGGGAAAAUGCAUGCGAGCGUGACACAAUUGGUUUUGGUUUUCCUUCUGAUUGGAUAAAAAAGUGGCGCGAAUCUUUUAAGCCAAUCACGUAGCGUAGUAAACGCAAAACCAAUUACCUUUCGACACUCAAAUGAAAACCGCUCUAAUGGAAAUCUUUUGCGCCAACACGGAAAUCAUGCCUGACAGGGCUUCGCUUCACACAUAACAACAGUGAAUUCGGUGCAAUCUCUGUAACGAAGCGAAUGCCGAUCGCUAUAGUGGAGAGUCACGUAUCGGAUAGGUGUUCACUCUAUACCGAAUAGCUUGCCGUGCCAACGCGAAAAGCUAUCCCCCGCCAUAGUGUGAACAUGGCCUAAGUUAACUGCCGCAGUAUUUGAUUGGCAUUCAGUUUUUAAGACACAGACUUCCUUAAGUAUGCAACAUCACAGGUUACCCAAGCUUGAAAUAUGAGUAUCGGUUUGUUGCGUAACAUUCGAAACAUAAGGAUUUGUAUGGAGGAAAAACGGUUUCUGUAAAGUACGAAUGUGAUAAUUUUUCCCAUAGAAAUUUUAUCUUUCAAAGGUUACGCAACAAUGCAGACACUUUUAUGUCGAGCUUGCGCGACCUGUGGUAGCACUUAACUUUCUGUGAGGUUUUUUUAAAUUUGUCUAAAUGUGAAGGACGCCCAACUAAAAAACGGUAUUAGAAACUGGGGGCAACAACCGUGAUUGCGGAAAAUCUGGUUCGUGAAAAAUUUCACACAGGAAUAUUACUUAAGAUACAUGUGUGCAGGCUGUAUAUUAGGGGACAUUUCAAUUUUAGGUGGUCUAUCAUCUGCAAUAUUUGAACACAGCUAAAACGUUCCACUUUAUUAUAAAAAUGCGACGGACAGAUCAGUCUAAAAUCACAGUAAACAUCGCCGCGACAAAUUCGCCAGUGUACGGUCAUUAACCCUUCAAAGAGGUCAUCUCUGCAUGAAGUGCAAAUCCGACCACCUCUAGUUGCGGACACUUUCUCCUUCUUCUACAAGUGUCUGCUGAAGGGAAGCUUCGACAAUAAAACAGCAAGAGAUUCUUCUGCCAUUAGAGAGAAUAGUACAUUCUAAAUAUAUCUGAAAGCGCAACAUCAUGUCAAUUAUGCGUUGACACAUUAUCGGGACCUUAUAAGGAACAAAUGUGUCAAAAACGUACUUGGAAAUGUGAUUCUAAAGUUUCUUAAAAAAAUAACGAGAGGAAAGUUUGUGUAUUCUAGUAUUAAUGAACAGUUUUAAUUUGCCAAAUCAGUGAGAUGUUUAUUUCUUAACGGUUUAUGUUUUUUCAGUCUGACUCUCUAUAUUAUGAUAUACUACCAGUGUAAAUUUCCUGUUUACCUUGCAUGUAAAAGAAAUUUUGGUGACACAUUUGUUCGAAGACUUUGAAAAAUAUGUAUUUAGCAGCAAUUUAAUUUGGGGACUUGAAUACAUUUUGCCUCAUAAUUACUUGACUUCUGCCUUUUUACGGACUAAAACUUAAGGAAUAAAUGACACUUACAAUGAACAGCAGUUAGAUUUUUGUGGCAUAAGAUCACAAACGUCAACCAUACUUUAAAUGCCACAAAGAAAGAAUCACGAUACAACUUUCUACAAUUUAUAAAAUUGAAUUUUGAAGGAAACAAUCGAAACUGAGACCACAAUGACACAUGUUAGCCUAGCCUUUGAAAUGGCCAGAUGGCGCAGUCACAAUCUAAUAAGUCUAAUAACAAAGCAAUAAAACUUUACUUUGGUGUAUUUUAAGUAAUUUAGGAACUGAUAAUAACAAGGGAGUGAAAAUCUCGAAAUAGUGGGGAUUCAGGUUAUCAGUCGAAGCUUUCUAUUCAUUUCAUGAUUUGGGAAAUUAUUUACUGAGCAGUCGAAUAUUUUUCAUUCUCAGUCAUUUUAUUCAGUCAUAGAUUUUGAAGACAAGCAGGCUGCUGAUGAGAUAAAAAAAAAGCAAUUUCCUUUACGUUGAUUUUUUAAUCGAUAGUAAAAGCACGAAGGGGUGGUUGUUUGGUUUAUUACCAAAAAAUUAAUACUUGACGAUUGUAUAAAAAUCACUGAAUUUUGACGUUUGUUUACAAGGAUUUGGCCAUGCAAAAUUUGUCUUCCGGAGUAAGUUCAUUUUUAACGCCUCUCAAUCACUCAUUUUGAUCACAAAAAAGUUAUCAGCAGAAGAAGUUAACUUCAAUUUGAAGACAUCUAAUUCAAAACGCCCGUAGCUGGCCAAUACAUUCAGUUACGUGACGCGACACGUACAGCGCCGGCCCUUAAAAACAAGCAAUCACACGGUAAAAAAUCAUGGCACAAACAAAUUUUAGUGAAGAGAGCUUGAAAAAACUUCAAGAACUGUAUAACUACUGCUUGGCAGAAUUAGUCGGAGGGAUACGCAACCAACUGAUAGUUCUUUCAGGGAUUAACGUUCUUUUUUCCAUUACAGCAUUCGUAGGAAAUUCUCUGAUUCUUGUUGCUCUUCGCAAAGAGAAUUCCCUUUAUCCGCCGUCCAAAUACCUUCUUCGUUCACUCGCUACAACUGAUCUCUGCGUUGGCCUCAUUGUGGAGCCUCUUGCAGUGACCUUUUGGAUGUCUUUAGUGUAUGAACGAUGGGGUAUAUGUCGCUUUGUACUAACUGUAGACACUGUCGCAAGCUAUAUGUUGUGUUUAGCGUCUUUAUUUACGCUGACUGCAAUAAGCCUGGACAGACUCCUUGCUCUUAUUCCGGGGCUCAGAUACAGACAGAUUGUAACUUUGAGGCGAAGUUUUAUAGUUGUAGGUGUACUUUGGUUUGUGUCUACUUUUGUUACAACGAUACACGUUUGGAAUCCUUCUAUAGCUGAAUGGUGUACCUAUAUAUUUGUACCAUUGUGUCUAGUCACCUCUAUUUUCUCGUACUCAAAAAUCUACUUGACUGUGAAUCACCAACAAAUUCAAGUCCAAGACCAUCAAGGCCGGGCGAUUCCACGUAACGUUUCACGGUAUAAAAGGGCAGUAAACAGUGCGUUGUGGCUACAAUUGACCUUAAUUACCUGCUAUCUGCCUUAUAAUAUAGCAAGGGCGUUGUUGACGAAGAGAGGGCUGUCUCCCGAAGGUUUCAUCACUAAGGAUUUUGCUUUAACUCUGCUUUACGUAAACUCGACUAUAAACCCAUUACUCUAUUGCUGGAAGAUCAGAGAAGUAAGGCAAGCAGUGAAGGACAUGAUA